AUGGAUGCUUUAAUGGAAAAAAUGGCUGCAGUACAAGGGGAAGAAGAAGAUCCAAAUAAGGAACUUUCAAUUGAUGAAGAAUAUGAACUAUGGAGAUCAAAUGUUCCCUUGAUGUACGAUUUCGUCAGUGAAACGAGAUUAACUUGGCCAUCACUUUCUUUGGAAUGGCUUCCACAGGAAAAGUCUGCCCAAGCGCCUAAUAGACAAGAAUUAAUAAUUGGAACUCACACCUCAGGUGAGGAAGAUAACUAUUUGAAAAUUGCUGCAAUUGAUCUACCAAAUGAUAUUAUUCCAAGUACUGAAAAACUUGAAGACCAACAGAAGGGGGAAACCACCACCAAAUCUAAUAUUAAAAUUAUCAAGAAAUUUAAACAUGAAGAGGAAAUAACUCGUGCUCGAUAUAUGCCACAGAACUCAAAUUUGGUCGCAACGAUUAAUGGUUCAGGAAAAGUGUUCUUAUAUGAUCGUUCAAAGGAUAAACACUCUGGGUUAGUCUCAACCUUUGAAUAUCAUAAGGAAAAUGGAUAUGGUCUAUCGUUCAACUGCAAUGACGCCGGAAAGCUUUUGAGUGGAUCUGACGAUGGAACCAUCGCAUUAUGGAACGUUAACAACUCUAAUAGCAGUCCAAUAUAUGUGUGGUCUUCAGUACAUUCCGAUAUUGUUAAUGAUUGUAAAUGGAGUAAUUUUGAUCUAAAUGUCUUUGGGUCCGUAUCUGAAGAUAGUACAUUGCAAUUACAUGAUCAAAGGGAAAAAGAUACAUUUACAAGCCAAUUCAAAGUUGAUGCACCAUUCAACACGCUGGCCUUUAGUAAACAUUCACAAUAUCUAUUUGCUGCGGCAGGAACAGAUUCACACGUAUAUUUAUUCGAUAGAAGGGAUAUAUCUCGUCCAUUACAUUCCAUGGCUGGACAUGAUGGUGCAGUAACUAAUAUGGAAUUUUCUCCAGACCAAGAUGGGAUAUUGAUGACAAGUGGUGAGGAUAGAAGGGCAAUAAUUUGGGAUAUAUGCGACAUUGGUGUAGAACAGAUUCCAGAUGACGCUGAAGAUGGUGCACCGGAAGUUUUAAUGAUCCAUGCAGGCCAUCGAAGUGCUAUUAACGAUUUUUCGAUGAAUCCAAAUAUACCGUGGUUAAUGGCUAGCUCUGAAGAAGAAAACAUUAUUCAAGUUUGGAAGUGUUCGCAUAAGUUGCCAAGAGUGGGUGGCACCCCAACAGUCUCUGUAUCUCAAUUAGAGUAA